AAGAGGCGAGUCGCAGAGCCGAUUGGGUCAGGCACACGCGAGGGCCGCCCCCGAGGGCCGUCUCAGAGGUCCGCGCGCCGCGUCCUGUCGGCCCACAUCGCCGAGUGCCGCACGUGGCUUCAACGAGAUGCCCAAAUCCAAGCGUGACAAGAAAGUUUCCUUAACCAAAACCACCAAGAAAGGGUUGGAACUGAAACAGAACUUGAUAGAAGAGCUUCGGAAAUGUGUGGACACAUACAAGUACCUCUUCAUUUUCUCUGUGGCCAACAUGAGGAACAGCAAGCUGAAGGACAUCAGGAAUGCCUGGAAACACAGCCGGAUGUUCUUUGGCAAAAACAAGGUGAUGAUGGUGGCCUUGGGCCGAAGCCCGUCUGAUGAAUACAAAGACAACCUGCACCAGGUCAGCAAGAAGUUGAGGGGUGAAGUUGGUCUUCUUUUUACCAACCGCACAAAGGAGGAGGUGAAUGAGUGGUUCACAAAAUACACAGAAAUGGACUUUGCCCGAGCUGGCAACAAAGCAACUUUCACCGUGAGCCUGGAUCCAGGGCCCCUGGAGCAGUUCCCCCACUCCAUGGAGCCACAGCUGAGGCAGCUGGGCCUGCCCACUGCCCUCAAGAGAGGCGUGGUGACCCUGCUGUCUGACUACGAGGUGUGCAAGGAGGGUGAUGUGCUGACCCCGGAGCAGGCCCGCGUCCUGAAGCUUUUUGGGUAUGAGAUGGCUGAAUUCAAGGUGACCAUCAAAUACAUGUGGGAUGCACAGUCUGGAAGAUUCCAGCAGAUGGGAGAUGACUUGCCAGAAAGCGCAUCUGAAUCCUCAGAGGAAUCAGAGGAUAACGAAGAUGACUGACUCGGGGACUCAGGACCGAAGGCCUUCUAGCACGUUCUGCGUCUCCAUCACACCAUGCAGAAUUGCUACUGCCCCUCUGGAGGAAGCAGUUAUUUAUUUUUGCUGUUGACGAAGCCAAGUGUGGGUGCUGGGAACUGACUGUUCCAUAAAGAAUAAAACUUGGUCUAUGGGGUGCCACCCUGUAGAUAGCAGGAGACUUUUCUUAGAAAAAAGGCCUUUGGGUUUGUGCUCUGUUUGGGUUCAGUACCACCCAGUCUGGUGACCUAGAUGGCCAGUACAGCUUUGGCUCCUAUGGGGCCACAGUGGCAGUGCAGCUUUGCGGUUCUGUGGACAGCCAAGAGCAAUCCCUAGAACUAGGCUUUGUCCUCCUUUCCAGCCUUGAUGCCCUUUUGGAAUAGACUUGCUGAAGAAAACCAGGCCCCUGGUGGCCCUUUGCAGCCCUGCUUACACGCUCCCUAAACCAGGGCCUGCUGGUGGCUGCCAAGAAGCCAGGGCUCUAGGAUGAGAGUGAAGCCUCUGCUGGGGGUGAGAGCGAGCGUGGCGUCUCACAGCACUCUGGAGGUUCUGCUCUGGGUGGCUACCAUGGUGGGUCUUUGUCCAUAUCGCUUCAUAUACAGGUAUUCAGUGAAAGCAUCGGAUGAGAGAGCUUCUGUUUCAGGCAACAUCUAUUCUUUGGUUUAUGUCUACUCUUCAUGGCGUCUAAUUCCCUUUAAUCUUCCUCUGCCUUUACCUGGCCAUAAAGGUAUUCUGUGGGGCCUGAGUGUGUGGGUCAGUGGUAAGUGCUUGUCUAGCACAGCAUGCUUGAGGUCUUGGAAUCAGUUCCCAGCAUCACCAAGAAAUAAAUUCUCUGACCUACCUGUUGGAAUAGUAGGUCUUAAGACCCCCAUUCCAGAGGGAUCCUGCCCCAUACCCUCAAGGGAGGAAAGCUGCACCAAGAGGCCAAGACAAAGCUGAACAGACAGCCGUGCUGGGAUUCCCCACCCAGUCUGUUGGUAAGCAUGCCAGUGCAAGGAAGCCUCCGUAGAAACACACAGGGGGCUUGAUGUGGUACCCCAUUGAUUCCAGCUUCUCAGGAGUCUAAAGCAGGACAGGUAGAUUUGAAACCAUCCUGGGCGCUUAGUGAGACCCUAUUUGAAAAAUCGUUAAUAAAGGGCUGGGGAUGUAGUUCAGUGUGGAGUGUUUGCCCAGCAUAGGAUCAGUACCAGUACCACCAAAAACCCAGGUGCAGUGUCCACACACCUGUAAUACCAGCUCACAAAGGCUGAGGCAGAAGAAUUGUAAUAUCUUUCUUAAUAAAACUGUAAACAAAGAACUAUAA